CACACACACCAUGCGGACCCUGGAGGUGAGCACAGCCGGCCAAUUUCCCCUUGAAAAAUGCAGCGCAGUCGAGUGACUUCUCAGACUCCAAUCUAUCACGCAUGAUUGCACGAUGGUGCUGAGAAAUUUCUCCGCAUAGUGGAGGAAAUGGUCGUUCGUUGUUCGAGUUACGUAGUCAAAGCCUUGCUGCAGGCGCUGCUCGUGGCGGCGCUGGUGGCGCUGGGCGCCGAGGCCCGCGCCGUGGCGCAGGAGGACGUCAAGGGCGUCAAGACGCUGCUGCAGGACGACGCCAACGACGACCCCUUCUUCGACCCCAACCCGCAGUACGACUUCGCCUACCGCAUCCGCGACGAGGAGACCGGCGACGCCAAGGACCAGAGGGAGGAGCGUCGCGGGGACACCGUGCACGGCAGCUACUCCGUCGUGGACCCCGACGGCACGCUGCGCACCGUCCGCUACACGGCGGACGACGCCAACGGCUUCAACGCCGUCGUCUCCCUGGUGCCCGGCCACUCCAAGCCCAUCGUGCCGGUCGUCAAGGCGGUCAAGCGCGUGCCCGUGGUCCACGUCGACGUGCCCGUGCCGGUGCAGCACCACGUCGUCCCCACCACGUCGCUCAACUCUGGCAACAACCGGCGCGUGCUGGUGGAGCACCCCCAGCACCAGAGCGGCGCCCUGAUGCACCAGCACCUGGUGCAGCCACCGCUGACGCUGGGGCAGUACCAGGACGUGCAGCACCUCAUCCCGCAGGCCUUGCCGCAGCCCAGCUACCAGCUGCACCAGCUUCACCAGAUCCCCGGCUCGGGCAUCCACCACCAGAUGGGCAUCCCGCUCGUCCAGCUGCAGGACCAGGGCCUCAUGAAGCAGGAGAUCGGCCUCCCACUGAUGCAGCUGCAGCAGGAGCAGCCGGGACUGUCCCAGCAGGCGCAGGGCCUGCUGCAGCAGGGGCAGGCUCUACUUCAGCAGGAGCAGGGCCUUCUCAACCAGCAGGACCAGGGCACCUUGAACCAGCAGCAGGACCAGGGUCUCGGCAGCCAACAGCAGAACCAGGGCAUCCUUAACCAGCAGCAGGAUCAGGGUCUCCUCGGCCAGCAGCAGGACCAGGGUCUCCUCGGCCAACAGCAGGACCAGGGCAUCUUGAACCAGCAGCAGGGCCAGGGCCUCCUUAACCAGCAGCAGGACCAGGGUCUGCUCGGCCAGCAGCAGGACACCAUCGCGGAGCAGCCGGCCCAGCAGGCCGACGGUGGACUUGAGCAGCAGGUGGACCAGCAGCCCAUCAUCGACGAGCGGUUGGACAACAAACUGCAGCAGCAGGACGAGCCCCAGCCACAGGUGAUCGACGUACGUCACACAGUCCAAUCCACCAACACCUUGAUUCAGAGCCAGCCGCAGAUCAAGCUACAGCCGGUUCAACCGCAGCUGAAGCAGCAGCCCCAGCAGCAAGUGCAACAGAGGGUUCAGCCACAGCUGAAGCAACAGCCCCAGCAAGUCCAACAGCAAGUCCAACCGCAGUUGAAGCAACAGCCGCAGCAAGUCCAGUUCAAGACUCAGCCCCAAGUGCAGCAGCCGCUGGUGCAGCAGUUGCGGUCGCUCGAGAGCGAGGAGCAGGUGCACCACCAGGUCCAGAGCCUGCAGCGGGCGCACCAGCAGCAGCUAGUGCAGCAGCAGCACAUGCUGCAGCAGCUGCAGUCCUUCCCCCACCAGCGCACGCUGGCAGUGUACCGGACCAGCCUGCCGGCCGGCGGCCUGCGCGGCGCCAACUUCGUGCGCUUCAGCUCGCCCUACGCCCAGUACUCCAUCAGCUAGCCGCCCCUGCCCCUCAUGUAAAUGCAAAGACUGACACACUGGCGCCGCGGUUGUCGCUCGCUCCGCGCGGGGCGCUGCGAUCGCGGCGGUCGCAUCCAAUAAACCAUCCGUUUCGAGA